UUCCGCCAAACACCUCUCCGUCGCUCCCUCCUCCCCUCCACCAACCAUGAUGGCCACCCUCACCGCCACCGCCGCCGUCGCCUCCUCCUCCGUCGCCAUCCGCCCGUUCCGCUCCCACAAGCCCUCCCGCGCGCCCGCCGAGAUCCGGUGCUCCGUCGCCGAGGGCCCCGCGAUCUCCCAGCCGAGGGCCGCCGGCGGGGGACUGGUUGAUUGCGUGGUGGUCGGGGGCGGGAUCAGCGGGCUCUGCAUCGCCCAGGCGCUCGCCACGAAGCACCGCGACAGGGCCCCCGACGUGGUCGUCACCGAGGCCAGGGACCGCGUCGGCGGCAACAUCACCACCGUCGAGAGGGACGGCUACCUGUGGGAGGAGGGCCUCAAUAGUUUCCAGCCAUUCCGAGAUUUGAAGAAAAUGGAGAGGACAAAGCAAUCGUUGGAUAGAUGCUCAAGAACACUCAGACUUCACUUGCAGAAGGUAGUGCUUCAUGUGUUAAUUUUUGUGAAGCUUUCGUUGGAUAGAUGCUUGCGACCUUUUUUAGCCAGGUUAUGGCUGCUAUUGGAGGAAAUACUGCAGGUCGAGGUAGGAGGACUUUAAUUUUAAGUCCUUGAG